UAGACAUUGAGCAUACACAGUAAACCCGAAGCGACUGCAUGAGUGCUGUGGUGGGCAGCCGCAUCGACAGUCUCAUACUCACAGCGAACCGAUCCCUGCAACCAUCUGCUCUGCAUGCACUGACCAUCGAUGACAUCCUCAUGCAAGAACACGAGCUGCCGCCACUGGGUUCGGACCUCCACGGCUUUGAAAGCGUGGCCAAGUACGUACUGGCGUACGAUCAUGUCACGUAUGCCGACAACGACGAAAAAAGCAAGUGGACGGCCGUCAGAUACAUGGCCCUUCGUCACAUGAUGGUUGAAUGCGACCGCGUUCAGAAUACUGCGUACCACCAAGAGUGUGUUCGAAAGGUGCUCGAUUGGUUCGACGAUUCGGGUCGAGACCACCUACAAGCGGACGUGGCUACUUCGCUGGCGCAUGUGUCGCCCAUCAAACCACCGCGAAAACAAUCCGGCGACAUGUUCAGGCCACCGACAACGUCCCAGCCACCAUCCGUUUCCGAACAGCUCGAGAAAUUCAAACAGCGCGAUCUACGCACCAGCCACAUUCACCGCAUCGCAGAGUUGCGAGAUCGAGGGUUCGCGGUGGCGUCCCCGCGCGAGCUCCAGCUUUCCCCCGAAGAAGACAACAACAAUCAAACGGAGGCCACGCUUCUUCGCCCAGCCCACUUGGCCAAUGCUGCUGACCGCAGAGUUCACGCCCAGUAUCAAUACCACACCCCUGAAACAGACGCCGAGCACGAGCUCAACCAAUUGUGGUUGCUGCAACGACAAGAGGAUGCCACCAACAAAGUCAAGCACGAUGAGGUUGAGUCGGUGUUACACAAGUGGUCCCGCGGUCGCAGUCGCGAAGAAGCUGAAUUCCUACGCAAGCAGGAAUCGACGCGUAUGAUGGCGCAUAAGCAACAUCCGAACCUGCCGCUCCAUGUGACCAUCGCCGAGGACACGACCAACCAAGACGAAUACUCGCUCGAUCCGACGGCGUCGUCCAUCAGUCAGCUGAAACAUUCUGCCGCGCCUGUCGUGAUCAAGAAGAAACCGUCUGCCACGGGCAUGCGAUACCGGAAUCCGCUGCCCCCAAACUACCGUCCUUCCCCCACGGCAAUCUCCACUCCCAUCGCCAACAACGCGACGCCUCCGCCGUCGCUCAAUCCAAAGUCUCCGUCGAUGAGCCGCAACAACUCCGCCAUGAGUCUCGGGGAGCCAUCCGUUGCUGCCGCCAAGGACAAGGACAACAAGUACAUGCCGUUCACGGCUUCGUAUACGUCCGUCGUCGCCCCCGAUGCCAAGCAGGCCCAACUGCAGCGCAUGACUUCAAAACGGAAAGUCAAAAAGGCCACCGACUUGCGCGGCAUGCUACCAACCCAUAGCGACCCCGCGUCAAUGCGCGACCCUGAGCUCAAACUCUUCCACGAAGCCUCCAUGGAACGUCAAUGCAUUACGGGACGAGGGGCGACUGGGGGAGGAGGGGGUGCUGCUGCGAGCCGCGGGGCGUUGGUAGGACAUCACCAGCUCGUUCAGCAGCAGACGACGAGGACCCUUGUCCAUGCCAGCAGCGCCGUCGAUGUGAAGCGACCGAUGGGGUUGGCCGCAGGCACAAGUUCGUUGCGAGUGCAACAGUCGGAUGAGCUAGACAACAUUCGAGCUGCGUUCGAACGACACAACCUUACGUAUAACCCAGCCAUCUUUGAACGGGCCAUCCUCAUUCCAGAGGACAAAUCGUCGUCAGAAUGUGCCAAACAUUUGCCCAUUGCCGGCUCCAAGCUUCUAGAGAACCCCCUCCUGGCGACCAAGCUGAAACUCAUGAAGGGAUUGGAUGGCAGCGGAAAGAAAAGGAAGACCAAGAAGGGGGCGAAAAAGGGGGGCAAGAAGAGCAAGAAGAAAAAGGCCAAGUAGAUUGUAGAGGCGCUGUAAUGAACCGCAUCAAACCAUUUCCAAUUCAAUCCUUACUGCU